ACCCCCUCCCUCCGUUGCAGACGCCCGCGAGACUGCCUUCCCGCCUCUCCGAGUCGCGAUCCCACAACCAGCAUUGCGAGACCGACCGACCGAUCGACGCACGGGAAAGGAUCGCAUUUGAGGCCCAUCAUGCCCGCCACCAAGAGCAAUGGGCAGCCGCAGCUGCUCUUUGUCGAUGGCUCCUUCGAGGAGCUCGCCAAGGAGAUGGCGGAUUACCUGAAGGCUGAGGAUGCGAAGCAGCUCCUGACCAAGGAGUCUCCGAAGGAGGAAGUUCUCUCCAAGCUGGUCGCCGCCUCGCAGGCGCUCAACACAGUCCCCGAGAAGGAGUACACCGCCGCGACGAACCUGAUGAUCCACCUUGUUCUUCAGUCCGCCGACCCCAAGAAGUACCUGCCGACGCUUUGCAGCAACUUUGCCAAGCCGCUCGCCAACUCGCCCGUGCACGGCGCGGCCCUAUCUCUCAAUGCGUUGACGACCGUCUUCAACCUGCUCGACCAGGAAGACCCGAUCCGGGCGCGCGUGUUCAUGGAGAUUCUCAAAUUUUUGAAAGCUCAUAGCAUGUUCGACAACCUGCGACCAUACCUGGACAAGCUUCCGGAAUGGAUAGACUCAUGGGGCUGCGGCGAGGAAAUUGAGCGGAAACUUUUUGAGGAGGUCGCGGAUGUUGCCCUGGAGGCAGAUGAGGAAGAGACAAGCUACGAGUUUGUCCUCAAGGCCCUUCGAACCUUUGAUGCCGAUGAUAAGGAGGAGAUGGGCUCUGAGGAUGCUCAAAGAUUAUCUCUGCGGGCUCUUAAGACGGCUAUUCUUUCGAACAACCACUACCUCUUCCAAGACCUUCGCGCCAUUCCCAGCGUCCAGGCUCUCAGCGACUCGCACCCCGUUUACUCCCAGCUUCUCGAUAUCUUCGCCGAGCAAGAUCUUGAGGACUACAACGACUUCAACGAAGAGCACGAGGGUUGGGUCGAGCAGCAGAAGCUGGACCACGAGAAGCUGCACCGAAAGAUGCGUCUCCUUACGUUCGCCAGCCUGGCAGCCGCCACUCCCAGCCGCGAGAUCGAAUACGCCAAGAUUGUCAAAGCGCUUCAAAUUCCCGAGGAGGAGAUUGAGAUGUGGGCGAUCGAUGUGAUCCGAGCCGGCCUCGUUGAGGGAAAGCUCUCGCAAAAGCGUAACAUGUUCCUGGUUCACAAGGUCACGUACCGCGUGUUCGGCCAGAAGCAGUAUCAGGAGCUGUCUACCCGCGUUGACCACUGGAGGGCCACUCUCCAGAACGUUCUGGGCGUGCUACGCCAGGAGCAGGCCAACGCCAAGUCACAGAAGGAGCGCGAAAUGCAGGAGCUGGAGCGGAAGAUGAACAACGCGGGCAUGGGCCAAGGCGGGCGACGACAGCAGCGAGAGCGGACGGACAAUGACGACUAAAGAGAAAUUCUGACGACGGCUACAAAAAGGCAGCGGGGCAAUGAGGAUGCGGGCAAUAGGCUUGGGGGUAUCUUGAGAGAUGCCGAUUUUUGUUGUUUUUUUUGUGUUACUACGUCGUCGAGUUGAGACACGUCUCCAAUAUCCGACGAGCACGGGGGACCCUUUUUGCGAAUGGCGUAGCCGGUUUAGCAUCAGUUUCUAUUUUCCAGCAUCAGGGAAGAAGACAAGCUUCUCGGUAAAUAGAAUCAAACAACAUGACAGACACAGUCCAGCAUUCAGCAUUUAGUGACAGUGUGCAACUUUUCCGUUUCGAAGCCGAUCCCCCCCAAGCUAUGGUGCAGAAUACGCAGCGCACUCAUGUAGUACUACAUUGAGGAUCUAGGAGAAGGCAUGGAGAGCCAGGUAUCAUAGAG